GGCUAUUGCCAAAUGGCUUUGCUGGCGGCAAAGUUGAGUCUGAGGAGCUGGAGGGGCGAUGUGUAGCGACUUUCUCAAAGCCGAAUCCGGGACGGAGCUCCUUGCCCGACUUGAAGGAAGGAGCUCCUUGAAAGAACUCGAACCCAACCUGUUCGCUGAUGAAGACUCACCAGUGCAUGGUGAUAUUCUCGAAUUUCAUGGUCCAGAAGGAAGGGGAAAAACGGAAAUGCUUUAUCACUUAACAGCCCGGUGUAUACUUCCAAAAUCAGAGGGCGGACUGCAAAUAGAGGUCUUAUUUAUCGAUACAGACUACCACUUCGACAUGCUCCGCCUUGUGACGGUUCUGGAGCACAGGCUGUCGCGGAGUUCGGAGGAAGCCAUCAAGCUCUGCCUGGGAAGGCUCUUCCUGGCCUACUGCAGCAGCAGCAUGCAGUUACUGCUCACGCUGCACUCCCUGGAGGCGCUCUUCUGUGGCCAUCCCUCCCUCUGCCUCCUCAUAGUGGAUAGCCUGUCGGCUUUCUACUGGACAGACCGCGCCAGUGGAGGAGAAAGCGUGGCCCUGCAGGAAUCUACUCUGAAGAAGUGUUCUCAGCUCCUAGAGAGACUCGUCACUCAGUACCGCUUGCUGCUUGUCGCCACAACGCAAAGUCUAAUGCAGAAAGCCUCAGACCCGGCACAGGGGCCUUCUUCCUCCAAGCUUCCAGGCGACGGGGCCCUGGACUACAGAGCCUAUCUCUGCAAGGCCUGGCAGAAGGCGGUGAAGCACAGAGUCAUCUUCUCCAGAGACGACCAGUCAGAGAGCAGCCGCUUCUUGUUGGUUUCACAUCAUUUAAAAAGUAACAGUUUAAAAAAACACACUUUUAUGAUCAGAGAAAGUGGGGUGGAGUUUUGUUGAUUUGUCAUCAAAAAGGCUUUGGAGAGCUCUGAGGCAAGUCUUUAAAAGUCUUCUAUAGGCUAAAGUGGUUUGAUUCUGAAGGUUUUGAUUCUGGGGAAAUUAAUACAAACAGUGCAGUAAGCUUGAAGCUCCUCUGUCCCUCUAGGCUCUGGAAGGCGUCCAGCACGCUGCACCCCACUGUUCCUCUAGGCUCUGGAAGGCGUCCAGCACACUGCACCCCACUGUUCCUCUAGGCUCUGGAAGGCGUCCAGCACACUGCACCCCACUGUCCCUCUAGGCUCUGGAAGGUGUCCAGCACGCUGCACCCCACUGUCCCUCUAGGCUCUGAAAGGCGUCCAGCACGC